GAGGUGCAUGCUGAGGACUAUGGAGGUCUGUUUGACAGGGCAAAGGUGGAGAUCACCAUUACAGAUUUGAAUGAUAAUGCACCUGAGUUAACUGUAACCUUUCUCACAAACUCCAUCAAGGAGAACUCACCAGCUGGAACUGUUAUUGCUAUUUUAAAUGUAGAAGAUCAAGAUUCAGGAAUUAAUGGUGAAGUCACAUGUUUGAUUCCCCAAAUCCUCCCUUUUCAACUUAAAAAAUCCACAGAUAACUUUUACAGUUUGGUAACAGCUGAUUCCCUUGACAGGGAGCAGAGAGAAUCAUACAAUAUCACUGUUUCUGUAACUGAUCAUGGGACACCUCCUCUUUCUACAGCCAUGGUGAUAGCACUUCACAUCAUAGAUACAAAUGACAACCCUCCACACUUUUCAAAAUCAGUCUAUUCAUCUUAUUUCAUGGAAAAUAACCAGAGAGGAGCUUCAGUCUUUUCCAUAACAGCAAAUGAUCCAGACUGGGAAGAGAAUGCCAGAAUAACUUAUUCUAUCACUAAAAAAGAUAUCAAUGAUUCCUCACUUUCUUCCUACAUUUCCAUUAAUUCUGAGACUGGGAUUAUUUAUGCCCUGCGUUCCUUUGAUUAUGAAGAGUUCCAGGAGAUUAACUUCCAGGUCAAGGCCCAAGAUGGCGGUUCCCCACCAUUCAGCUCUAGUGUCUCAGUGACUCUCUUCAUCCUGGAUCAGAAUGACAAUGCCCCAGAAAUCUUGUACCCUUCUGUCCCCACUGAUGGCUCCACUGGAGUAGAGCUGGCUCCUCGCUCCUCUGAGCCUGGAUAUCUAGUCACUAAGGUGGUGGCAGUGGAUGCAGACUCUGGCCAGAAUGGAUGGCUCUCCUAUCAGCUACUCAAGGCCACAGAGCCAGGGCUCUUCUCCAUAGGGCUCCACACUGGAGAGAUUAGGACAGCCCGUUUCUUUCUGGACAAGGAUGCUCUCAAACAAAGCCUGGUGGUUUUAGUGAAGGACAAUGGCCAGCCCCCUCUCUCUGCCUCAGUCAUGGUCACUGUGGUGCUGGCCGACAGCAUCCCUGAAAGCCUCUCUGAUAUUAGUAGCAUCUCAGCUCCUGCAGACCCCCAGUCGGACCUUACCUUCUACCUGGUGGUUGCUGUGGCUUUUGUCUCCUGCUUGUUCUUCACCUUCCUCCUUGUGUUGCUUGCCAUCAGGUUGCACAGGUGGAGAACUUCACAGUUGU